AUGACGUCUCCCGAAAACUCAACCGAUGCCCAGUUGUCUACAGAGGAACAGCCGUUGCGAGAGGUGGAGGACACAGCGAAGCAGGAGGAUGCAUCCAGAACUCUCAAGUACCACCUUUUGGGGCCUUCUCUAACCAAAGCUGGCCAGGACAAGGUUGACCAGACCAAGGUGUCUGAAAUUAUAUACAAUGCCUCAAAAGGUUCCAAAUAUUUCAAUCGCGAGGAAUUGCGUGACAAAGUACUCAGCCAGAAGAUCGAGCAGAUCCUAGCUAGAAAGCGGAGGCUGGAGAAGCUCGAUCUCACUCGCGAUUUGCGAAACGCCGAUCGGCUGCUCGCUGAACUCGAGGCCACACGUGACCUCUCCCAGCACAUCGUCCAUGUUGACUGUGAUGCAUUCUACGCAGCUGUGGAGCAGCUUGAGCGGCCCGAGCUGAAGGACGUUCCCUUCGCUGUCGGCGGAGGGGUGCUGACGACGUGUAACUACGUUGCCCGCCAGUUCGGCUGCAGAUCCGGAAUGGCCGGGUUCGUGGCGAAGAAGCUCUGCCCCCAGCUCGUGCUCUUGAAGCCCAACUUCCAAAAGUACAUUGCAAAGGCGAACGAGGUGCGGGAGGUCCUAGUCGACUAUGAUCCACGAUUCGAGAGCGCCAGCGUCGACGAGGCUUAUCUCAACAUCACCGAGUACUGCCGGGAGCACAACAUGGAGCCAGCCCAGGUCGUCGAGCAGAUGCGGAGAGAGAUCCACGAGAAGACGCAGGUCACUGUUUCGGCGGGGAUCGCCGCCAACGCUAAGCUGGCAAAGAUUUGUUCCAACAUGAACAAGCCCAAUGGCCAGUUCCUCCUACCCAGCGAGAGAGGUGCGAUCAUGACUUUUAUGCGUGACCUCCCCACACGCAAGGUCAAUGGGAUUGGGCGGGUUCUCGAACGAGAGCUUUUGGAAAUCGGAGUCAAAACCUGCGGCGACAUCUUCGCCGAGCGACAGUAUCUGUAUCAGCUCUUUGGCGAAAAGGCAUACGACUUCCUGCUGAGAAUUUACCUAGGUCUUGGGAGGACAUCAAUCCAACCGGCCGAGGAGUAUGAGCGGAAAAGUGUGGGAACUGAACGCACUUUCAGCGACCUGUCCGACCCGGCCAAGCUUAGGGAGAAGCUGCGGUCUAUUGCCGAGGAGUUGGAAAAGGACCUGAAGAGAGCCGAGUGCAAGGGGAGAACUCUCUGUUUGAAGGUGAAGCUGCACACCUUUGAAGUCCUCACCCGGCAGGUCGUUACCCCUCGGGCAUUCUAUCUCGCCGAUGAUCUCUAUAAUUUCGGCCUCCCAAUACUCGCAAAGAUUGAGCAAGAAAUACCAGGUCUCAAGCUGAGACUGAUGGGCCUGCGAUGCACACACCUCGUGAGCACCAAAAAGCCAGAUACCAUGGCCUUCUUCGGGUUCCGGCCACGAGCCGAGUCUCCUGCCGGACCAAGCAACCACCCCAAUGCCGCGAAAAGGAAGGCAGUCGACUUUGAGGAUGGAGAGGGCGAUGAGUUGGAGGCAGACCUGCUGGACCGAGAAAGUUCUCGUGACGAUACGCCCCAGGCAGAAGAGAACCUCUCAGGCCUUGGAUUUCGAAAAGAAGUAGCCCCCAACCCAGCCAAAGCAGAGCCUGUCGAAGAGGAGCUGUGGGACUGCCCGAUAUGUGGCCGGCCCCAAAAUGCGGACGAGCGCGCCUUCAACGAGCACAUAGAUCUGUGCCUCUCCCGUCAGGCCAUCCGCGAUACACUACAGACGGAUGUGCCCGAGCGUGUGACGCCCGAACCCAAGAAGUCUGAGCCCAAGAAACCCGAACCCAAGAGGCCCAAAGUGGCGGAGAAGAAACGCGGCCGCCCGCCGUCCGUCGACCCAAAGCAAAAGAAGCUCUUUUUUGGAUAA